CGCUUCUUCAGGCCGAGGGUUUCUCCUCGGAACGCAACCGUCUUAAGGAGCUGACUGCGCAGCACGAGGGCAUCAUCGACCGUCUUGAGGAAGAGAUUGCGAGCGUGCGGGCCGAGUCGAGGAACAUCGACGAGCACCGCCACCGUCUAGCAGAAAGAGUGAGACAUAUCAACGAUGAGCAAAUUUGCGGCAUUGGCUGACUCCAUGGCGUUGCCUUAGGUCAUUCUUCUGGAAAGGAUGCUCACCGUCGGAGAAGGAGCUUCGAGCCGCCAGGGUCACAGUAUGCCGGGUCCCGACUCCUUCGGCCCUUCCUUGCCGUCCGAUCGUCUGAGUGCACCAUCACCACCGAUCUCGACAUCCUUCUCGCAAACCUUCGACACUGCUACCGUCAGCAUGCGCGCAGGAAGCAACAUGGAGCCGUGGUGCAGCAGUAACCUCCUUGAUCGUCAGGCCGUCUCCAGCAACAGGCGCAGCUUCUCACGAGAAGGCUCUAGUGGGCCGAUAGACGGCACAUGCGUGGACCUUCACCCUAGCUGGUCCAAUGCGGUACCAGGAUCGUGGCCAAACCGUCAACGUGAACAUCACAGUGCCGAGAGCAUAACCGACAUCGUCUUAGCCGAUGCAGAGAAUCGCGAAGCUGGGGCUCUCUUUGGCGACGGUCGGGCUUCCCGGAUGGCCGAGUACGACCCGAUCAAUCGAUCGCAGCUCUUGCGUGGCAGAGGUUUGAUGACAGAAUCCGAGCAGGAGCUCUCAGGUUACCAACAUCAGCAGACUACCGCAUCUCAGUCGUAUGCUUCGACCUUUGGCGGCCAACAAUCACUCGGUUCGGACAGCACUCAGCCCGCGGUAGCUGACUAUCAGCGGCAGCGUCGCCCAUCCGCAGCGCACACCGUGGCCAUCGCUGGCCCAUCUCUUUCAAGAGACAUCGCUUCGAGCAGCUACACUGGUCCGUUGCCCAGUCUCAGUCGUCAGCGUAGCGACACGGUCGUCAUCACAUCUGGUUCUGCUCACGCCGAAGCAGCCUUGCCGAAAAGGCGAAGUACGAACACGGAUGGCACAGGCCUCAUGCCAGGGAACUCAACAAUGGCUUCUGCUAGCCUGCCUUCUCUAGCGCCAGAAGGUAACAACAGACGAGGAUUGCCGGUCGCCUCCGACGCCCAGGUUCACCGUCAGAAUCAGGGAGCUCUCACUGCGCCUGCUCGUGGCGGAAGCGCGGUCAGCGAUGCUUCGACUGUGACUGGAGCAUAUCUGGCAGACACUCUUCAGGCGCGCAAACAGCUACGUAGGACGAGCCUCACACAGCAACAGCAGCUGCAAGCACUCCAAGCUCAACAUGGUCGAAGAUCCGCUGGCCCAGCAGAUGAGCAGCCUUCGGCACCGCUCGCGCCGCCUCAAGCAUUCAUCAACAGGCCUUCGAGCCGAGCUACUAGUCGCCUGAGCACGGGGAGUCAUGGCGGCAUCGAGCGAGCCCGUGCACGAGGCACUCGGAGCCGUAAUGGCAGCACAAGUGUACACGAUAGCAUUCCUGUCCAGAAGGACGAUAUCUUUUCGAGCAGUGAAGAGCGUAUCUUGAAGCAGGCCAUCGAGGCACAGACCUUGCCGUCUGUGCCCUCUCGAUCUACCUUCAAACGCACCAUCAGCGACUCUGCUCUCAUCACUGAUGAGGCUGGGCCGGUAUCGCAUCAUCAAUUCAGCUCCUCUACGCUAGCGCAAGGUGCCAGUCCAGCAGCGCAGGCGCGUGACGGUAGAAUCAAUUCGAGCUCAUCUGAGAGCCCAGCCAACUCGAGCUCAGCUGGUAGCAAGCAUGGCUCUCCAGUGUACGACGGUACAGCAAGCGGACAUCUCGAUGUCUCGCAAAGCGAUCCGACGCCCUCGUCCGUUCCUCGUCGGCGCGGAGCGUCCAACGGAAAUCUCGCCCCCUCCGAAAGCUCCUCGCAUGUGCACUCCACGGGUGACAUUGUUGAGUAUCCUCAGGAUCCGACUGAAGAAGGCAAGCGGCUGGCCCUACGCCGGCUGUACAUUCGCCUCAAGGAGGAGCUUAGCGAGGAGGAGCUCGCCAAAUUUGAAAGAUACAUCCAGCGAUAUGAUCGACUGGAAAUGCCUCUCGAAGGUCCACGAGGAUUGCUGAACCGUUUCAAGAAGCUUCUCCUCCACACUGAUCCGAAUAUACGCGCUAACGACCGCGAGCGCUGGACGCUGCGCAAAGAUCUGGCCAGAGCUUUCGAGCAUAUCGUACGCUUGGACGUCGAGGCUCACGCCCAGCAAGAAGAGACGUACGUCGAGCAAGAGGCUGCUCGUAUGCAACACGAAGAGAUGCAGAGGGAGCUCUCCUUCGAUGAGGAUGAUCUUUGAGCGAUGACCUAGUCGCGUCAUUGGUUGACCUGCCGUGCAGGCUUCUGGUCGCGCGGCUUUGUGCAGCAGGGCAUGCCUCCCAUACUCGCACAGACUCUCCCCCAUACGCUGAUACCUCAUUCUUCCACUCGACUCGUAAAUCGCUGCCUUGGCCGUCUAGCUCUAUCAAACAACCGUCCGAUCACAUCAAUUUCUUGUCACUUCUUUUGACUUUCUCACUGAAGCGCGAUGAAACCGCUGCCAGGCUUC